ACGGCAGUAAACAUUCGACACACAUAUAAAGAAAAAGAAGCCUGAAAUCAUGCGAAAAGUAAAUGAUGGAAGUGUUAUCGUUUGCCUGUUGUUUAUAUAAACACGGACUUGCAUACACAGCCUUCAGCAGUGCUCACAUCAGUUGUUCAUCCCUAUGCAUCUCACUUUACAAGAGGAACAAGAUGAUGUUUUGAUGACAGUUGUGUAAGGUAACAGUCCCUUACUCAGGCCAUACACAUUCCAAAAUGAAUGUAAAAUUGACAGACCGUUUGACCAGGAGGAAAUUUGUAACUUUUGACGAUACUUCACUCCCUCGUGUUCUGAAUACUGUUGACCUCACAGCACUUGGCAUCGGCUCAACUGUCGGUGUUGGGUUUUAUGUGUUAGCUGGUGAAGUGGCAAAGAACACAGCUGGACCUGCAGUUACCAUCUCAUUCCUCAUUGCUGCAGUUGCAUCAGUGUUUGCAGGGCUUUGUUAUGCAGAGUUUGGUGCCCGUGUACCAAAGGCAGGGUCAGCCUACAUCUAUAGCUAUGUAUGCGUUGGCGAGUUUGUUGCAUUUGUCAUCGGUUGGAACUUGAUUUUAGAAUAUGUGAUUGGCACAGCAAGUGUUGCCAGAGGGUAUAGUGGCUAUGUUGAUAAACUCGCAAAUAACUCAAUGUCAGAGGCGUUGGGGGAGUCGAUGCCUAUUUCAGUUGACUUUCUCUCUGAUUAUCCAGAUUUCUUGGCCUUUGGGCUCUCCUUUAUAUUGUCAGUUGUGUUAGCAGUGGGAGUUAAAGAAUCAUCAAUGAUGAACAACGUCUUCACAUUUAUCAAUUUAGUGGUAAUUACCUAUGUCAUCAUUGCAGCAGGAACUCAAGCUAAAGGGGAGAACUGGGCAAUACCAGCAGCAGAUGUAAAUGCAACAUGCAAUGCUCCAAACACAACAUGCAUAAAUGUUGAAGGCGACGAUAGUAAAGACUAUGGAGAUGGGGGCUUUGCUCCGUAUGGCUUUAAAGGCAUCAUGCAAGGAGCAGCAACCUGUUUCUUUGGCUUUGUCGGUUUUGACUGUAUUGCCACAACAGGAGAGGAAGCUAUCAACCCUGAGCGAUCGAUACCUAUGUCCAUUGGCCUGUCCUUAUUAUUUGUAUUUAUAGCUUACUUUGGGAUGUCUGCAGUUACGACUUUAGCCCUGCCUUAUUGCUGGCAGGAUGAAAAUGCUCCAUUGGUGCAGUUAUUUGAGUGCCUAGAUAUGGAUGUUGCAAAAUGGAUUGUCAGCAUCGGAGCUAUCUUUGGAUUUUCUGCCAGUUUGUUUGGCGCAAUGUUCCCCCUGCCCCGCGUCAUUUAUGCCAUGGCUGAUGAUGGUUUGCUCUUCCGGUUUUUAUCAGAGGUUAAUAAGAAGUUCAAGACACCAGCCAUUGCAACUAUUAUCUCGGGACUCUUUGCAGGGGUCAUGGCAAUGAUUUUCAAUUUAGAUGCGCUUGUGGAUAUGAUGAGCAUUGGCACACUUUUGGCCUAUUCCAUAGUUGCUGUUUGUGUUAUGCUGCUAAGAUAUACUGACUUGGAGAUUACAAACUGGAAUUCUGAGUAUACAUUACUUAAAUCAACGUAUGCUGAAGAUGAAGAUGGGGAUGCCCAGGGUUUUAGGGAGACUGGAGGGAGGACCAAGCCAAGUCUCAGCAACUCAAAGUACUCAGCAAGGCAUUAUUUCCAACAGCUAUUUAACGUUAAGGGCUUGAAGGAACCAACAGAUUUGACAGCAUCACUAGCCAGCUAUGCCACACUAGGUUUCUGUAUCCUUGCAAGUGUUCUUGGAAUCUUGCUUGUGGUUUUACAGGAAGAAAUUGUUGAUGGUGAUGUCGGAGCCAUAGUUGGUGCAAGGCAGCCAGAAUCCAAGAAAAAGCUGACUUUUAAGGUGCCCUUAGUACCAUGGAUUCCAGCCCUCAGUGCCUUCAUUAACUUGUAUUUGAUGUUUAACUUGUCACCAGCCACGUGGAUUCGGUUUUCAGUGUGGAUGGCAAUAGGCUUCCUCAUAUACUUUCUGUACGGCCUUCGGAAUAGCACAGAAGAACUAAAAGCAAUAGGUAAAUGGAUAGGUAUAGACAACCCAGGCUUUGUUAAAGAUGAAAAAAAUAACAGCAAGCUUCAGGUGAUACCUACCAUUGAAAUCCAGCCAGCGACCCCUUGCAGCUCCGAGCCUAACACACCAUCAACUGUCCACAAAACACCCAGGGCCAAAACACCUAUCCCAGAAUCCCCACUUGUAACGGCAGAAAGGCAAACAACUUCUGCAGAAGUGCAUAGGAAGGAAACGGGGAGUGUCAGUGAAAAUGAGAUAAGGGAGGCAUUGGCUUCACUGGAUAUGAUUGUUGGUGGAAAUGAGAAGAAGAGGAUUGAUAGUGAGACAAAUGCAUCUAUUCUUGAAGACGACCAAGAGCUCUCGAGUAGCACUAAGCAAUUAUCCAAUAGUGAUAUUCAAGCAAGAGAAUUGCCCCCUUUACCAGACACUGGAGCUGUGGAAGAUGGAAGCUCAUCAGAAAACGAAGAAGAGACAGGUAAAGAAAGUAAAUCAAGGAAAGAAGAAGGAUCUAGUUUAUCUACUGAUCCUGGCUACGAAUCCUUGCCACAAGUGAUAGCUAAUAAAGAGCAAAUAGCAAAUGGGGAAUCAGAAUCAGAAGACAAGGCAAGCCAGGAUCCAGGUUAUCAAACUAUUGAAGAUGUUAAAGCUGAAGUGGAAAAGGCAGAGAAGGAAAGAAGUGCACAAGGAGAGGAAAAGAUAGGGGAGAAGCCAUUGCAGCAGAGCCCAGCUGUUGAGCCAGUUUAUUCCAUAGUUGAUAAGAAAGCCAAAAAGAAACCUGAACCAUUUGAAUUACAGACAGAACCUGUAGAUAAUGAAUCACCAUUAAAGGUUUCUGCAUCUGCUCCUGUUCUUCCCCUCUCAUCCCCGCCGCCAGCACCACCACCACUCCCUCAAGCAGGAAGAGGAUUAUCAACAAGUAGUGUCCCAAGCACCCCAGUGAUUAGGAAACACCCAUUCAAAGUUUUGAAACGUAUGUCUAGUUUUGAUGAUAUACCUCCAUCCUCUCCGGAUAGCCCAUUAGCUCGGCACUUGAAUAAAUUCAUAAUCAUCCCAGUACAUGAACCAGAUUCAGAUAGUGAUGCCAGUGUGCAAGCUUCACCCAGAGGAAGUGUUCAAGAUCCACUAAUGAAUGAGCUCAUGGCCAGAUUUAAGGGUCAAGGUGAUAAAAGCCCUGAAAAUGAUGACAAGGAUGAUAAAAAAUUGUUUUAUGUAGGUAGUGAUGAUUCUCUAGAAAGUGCUCUAGCAGGAGCUGAUUCAAACAGUUUUGUGACCAAUUUACCAAGUCCCACAAUAACAAGUCAGACUAGAGAAUUUAAGAGAGUGUUGACCAAAGACUCCAUGCUGGAUGGUCUAGACACCAUUAGAGAGCGAGGAGAGAGCAAGAUCUUUGCCAGUGAAGAAGACAAACCAAAAGAGAAUAUUGGUGAAAAAUCUCAGGACCUGGACUCACUGCCUGAGGGGCUUUCUGAAAGCCAUCCUGAUGCUGAAAAAGAUGCUUCCAAAAAUGAAACUCAUGGUCCAGCUGAUGACCUUGCAAAGGAUCACAGCAGUGAGUCUGCAAACUCACUGCUUUUGAGUGACGAAAAACCUGUAAAAUCUUCAUUCUUUGUAGGUCAGAAAGAAGAUGAAGUAAUAUCUGAAACUGAAACAAAGCCAGAAGUCAAACCUGCAAUCAGUAGGUCUGAUUCUGAAAGUGAAAAACAGCCAGAAAUUAAAAAUUCUGUCCAUGAGACCGAUCCUGAAACUGAAAGUGCACCAGAGCCUAAACGUGCUGUCCAGAGGUCUCAAUCUAAUAAUGAAGAGUUCAAUAGACUAAAAGCAAUGUUUAAUAAGUGAAAAGUGCAAUGUCUGUUUCAUUGUGAUUUUAUUAAGGAUUACAUGCUUGCAGUGCAACAGUUGUAUACUUUUUUUUUUUUUUCCAAAAAAUACU